GAGACUGCAAUGGUUUAUGAUUUACGUGUGGUAAAGCAAAGUUCCGUUUCAUUUGCUUAUUAAUUGUCAAAACACUUUUUCUGUCACGACAACUCACGUUUGACAGAAAUUGAAAUCAAUUUAAAAUGUUUAAACGUUAUUGCGGAUUUUCUCGCGAAAACCGGAUUUGUCUCUCCUUCACUUUAAUGUUUGUUGAAGACACUCGUGCCCUGCACAUUAUGGGGGCACCGUUGGCGCAUCGCUGCAAAAGACGUAUCACGUGGUUCAGCUUUCAACCAAUUGGAGACCAGCAUCGGUCUUUGCGGAAGUGUGAGAAGCCGGUGUCUUUCCAAGCAUCCAUCCCAUCAUGCUGCUGUGGGUUCUGUCUGGGUCUCUGGUUCUGUUCAGCAGCAUUGAUGUCUGGUACUUCCUCCGAGGGUCUUGGAUAGUCAUCAAGUCCUGGUUUCAGGGCCCAGUUCAGGACAUUCUGGCCGAGCAGGUGGUUCACGGACGGGUUCUCCUCCACGAUCUGGACUACAUGUGCCACAUGAAUAACGCCCGUUAUCUGCGCGAAUGCGACUUCGCCCGUUUUGCGCACUGCACCCGAAACGGGCUCUUCAGGGCCGCACGGGCCUUCAAUGCCACGAUGGUGGUCGGGGCUUCGACCAUCCGCUACAGGCGCUCUCUGGUCCUAGGCGAGGCAUUUGAGUUGCGCACACGCAUUGUGUCCUGGGACGAGAAAUCCUUCUACCUGGAGCAGAGGUUUGUUUCUAAGUCAGACGGGUUCAUCUCGGCUGUCAUGCUGUGCAGGCAGAAUGUGAUUCGCAGCUCUCCGGAGAAGAUCCUGGAUUUGCUUUGCAAGAGAAAGGUGGAGUGCCCUGACAUACCAGAGGAUCUUCAGCACUGGAUUAGGUUCAUCUCUGCCAGUAGUCAGGCCUUGAGAGCGGAGAUUGGAUUAGAUGAGAAGACCAAAUGAUCAUUUGAAAAUCUUUGACCUUAAGCCUUUC